CUUGCAAAGAUGGCACCUGCGUCGAUUUGUUUGUGUUGAAUACGUGACUUAAAAUUCAAUAAACUUGACUCAACAAACGAACAAGAUUAAUAGAAGUGCAGUAAGAUGGGAGUACCAGCAUUUUUUAGAUGGCUCAGCCGUAAAUAUCCUAGUGUAAUUGUAGAAUGUAUUGAACAGAAGCCAACCGACGUAGAUGGUCAGCUUAUAUAUAUAGAUUCUUCACUUCCAAACCCCAAUGGGGUAGAGUUCGACAACCUGUACCUGGAUAUGAAUGGUAUAAUUCAUCCUUGUACUCAUCCAGAGGACAAACCACCUCCUAAAGAUGAGGACGAGAUGAUGGUUGCUAUCUUCGAGUGUAUUGACAGGCUGUUUCGUAUUGUAAGGCCUAGGAAAUUGUUGUACAUGGCUAUAGAUGGUGUGGCGCCAAGAGCAAAAAUGAACCAGCAACGUUCACGUCGUUUCCGUGCUUCUAAGGAGACUCAGGAGAAGAUAGAUGAGAUAGCACGAAUCCGUUCAGAACUUCUCACCAAGGGUGCUUAUUUGCCUCCUGAAAGGCCAAAAGAGGCCCAUUUUGAUUCCAACUGUAUCACUCCAGGGACGCCUUUUAUGGACCGCCUUAGUAAAUGUCUGCAUUAUUACAUACAUGACAGGUUAAAUAAUGAUCCUGGUUGGAAGGGUAUCAAGGUGAUCUUGUCUGAUGCAAAUGUACCAGGAGAAGGAGAACAUAAAAUCAUGGAUUACAUUCGUAGGCAAAGAGCACAACCUGACCACGACCCAAACACGCAGCAUGUACUGUGCGGUGCGGACGCUGACCUCAUAAUGUUGGGGCUGGCGACCCACGAACCAAACUUUACCAUCAUCCGUGAGGAGUUCAAGCCCAACAAACCACGUCCCUGUGAUGUGUGCGGUCAACUAGGUCAUGAAAUGAAAGAAUGUACAGGCAGCAGUCCGGACGCGUCGUUGGUACGUUCGGACCCCGCCUUUGGUAACCAGGAUAACUUCAUCUUCGUUCGCUUGAGUGUCCUGAGGGAAUAUCUGGAAAGGGAGCUUCAAAUGCCCAACCUUCCGUUCGCGUAUGACUUCGAGAGAGCACUAGAUGACUGGGUGUUUAUGUGUUUCUUUGUGGGAAAUGACUUUUUGCCCCAUCUACCGAGCUUAGAGAUCAGAGAGGGUGCUGUAGAUCGGCUUGUGAAUUUGUAUAAGAAGUGUGUUUACAGAACUGGGGGUUGGAUCACAGACUCGGGCGAUGUGCGCCUGGAUCGUGUGCAGAUGAUAAUGACGGAGCUGGGUCAUGUGGAGGACGAGAUCUUCAAGAGGAGACAUACGAAUGAGCUGAACUUUAAGGCGCGCGAUAAAGCCAGGAAACGCCAACAGAAGGUCAACUUUUCACUGCUGGAGAAGACUCAGUUCGCACCUAAGGCGUUAGGCGAAGUGGCGACAGUUGAGAACGCUCGGAAGGAGGCUGCUGAAAUACGACGAGCUGGAAUGCAAGCCAUAGCACAGCAAGAAGAGUCGGAUAAGCGCAGUCGCAAGCGAUCCGCGACAGAGGCGGGCAUGGAUUCUGACGACGACGACGACGAUAAACAUGACGAGGUGCGGCUGUGGGAGGAGGGGUUCAAGGAGAGGUACUACGAGAGCAAGUUCGAAGUGGCCAGAGAUAACCUGGAGUUUAGGUACCGCGUGGCGCUGCAGUACGUGCGCGGGCUGUGCUGGGUGCUGCGCUACUACUACCAGGGCUGCGCCUCCUGGAAGUGGUACUUCCCCUACCACUACGCGCCCUUCGCCUCGGACUUCGUCAACAUCACCGGACUCAACACCAAGUUCGAGCGAGGCACUCAGCCGUUUCGUCCGUUGGAGCAGCUGAUGGGAGUGUUCCCGGCGGCGAGUGCCCAACACGUGCCCAAACCGUGGGCCACCCUUAUGAGCGACCCGUUCUCGCCGAUAAUAGACUUCUACCCGACGGACUUCAAGAUAGACUUGAACGGCAAGAAGUUUGCGUGGCAGGGCGUCGCCCUUCUGCCGUUCGUGGACGAGACCAGACUAUUCAAGGCGCUGGAGCCCUACUACAAGGACCUCACGCAGGCCGAGAAGCUACGCAACAUUCGCGGCCACGAUCGCCUGUACGUGUGUACCGGCAACAAGAGCUACGAGUUCCUGUCCGGCCUGUACUCGGCUGCCGGAGAUCAGCUGCGGACGCUUAUACAGGCCGACCAGCGGUACCCGUUCCGCUGCGAGGGGGUCAGGGGAGACGUCAUGCUGAGCUGUGACAACGUCAUCAUAGGCGGGCAGCUAGCGUCGCCGGUGGUGGGCCUGCGCGCGGUGGUGCACAACCGCGCCGUGUGCGUGCGCUACCAGGACCCGCAGUACCCCGACGAGUUCGUGUUCCCCGCGCGCCGCCUCAAGCACGCGCACGAGCCGCCGCGCGUGCUCAAGCCCGGCCACCUCGCCCACGAGGAGAACAGGAACUGGAGGCCGCAGAUAGGCAUGGUCCGGAGUCACUCGCACGCCAAUCUGGAGGCGGCCGGCCACCGCAUGCUGGGCCACCACCUGCCCCGCGACCGGUCAUACGGCAACGUACCGCCGCCGCCACAUCAACAACAGCACAAUCGCUCAAACUCUUGGGGGCCACAGCGUAGCGGCUACGUACCCUUCGAGAACCAAGGGUACAACUCUAACCAAGGGUACAAUCAGACGCAGAGCUACAGCCGCUCCGGGUACGGUAGCCAGGACAGAUUCGGCGGCGGCGGCGGCGGCGGCGGUGGCGGCGGUAAUCAAGGAUACGGUCACAACCGGUCCAACAGUAACCAGGGUCAAAGUCACGGCGGUUACCGCCAGCAAAACAGGUUCAGCCCAUAUCAGAACAACCAACAGGGGGGCAGGUAUAACAGUAACCAGGGCGGUCAACAGUCUGGGUCACAGUCCGGUCCGAACAGGAGAUAUCAAAGUAACCAGGGUGGUACUUGGCGUUGAAAAUAUAUAAUUUGAUUUUAAAAUACAUCAUAGAUAGAAAAGAGACAAAAAUCUACUAUAUAUAUAUGGUAGUUAUUUUAGCUAAUUUGUUAAUAAUAAGCAAAUAUUUCACUUCUCUCGAUUAGGUUAUGUAUGGUAACACAAUGUUGAACCUGACUUCUACAAUCAAACUGCGUUCUGGAAGAUAUAUAUUUUGUGUAAACAUUCUUGGUCGGUUUCCUCCACGUGAUACUUGAAAAAAUAACCUUUAUUUUUCCAAAAUAAUAUCUCAAAACGUGUUUUUUUUUACGGUGACUAUUUCAGACAAAAAUUUUACAUUCUAUAUUGUUAAUUAAUAGGUAUACAUAGAUUAAUUGGGUGCCUUAGGCAGACGAAGCUUAAAUAAUCGCUUGUAUUUCUUGUAAUACCCUGCCCGUUCACGCUAGGUGAACUGAAGACAACAAACUGUACUUGUAAUAUAAAAAUUUAAUAUGUUUGAAAAACAAUUGAUUGAACUUGUGUUUUUACUGUAAAAAAGUAAUUUUAUAGAUUUACAUUAUUUAUGUAAUUAAUUCAAUAAAAAAAGAUGUCGGUAUCCUCAUUUUUAGGAAAGUAUAGUUUCUUGAAUGUUUGUAUGAUACAAUUACCUGUUUUUAUGUCAAAUUUCUAUUGUAUAAAAUUUGCUGAAAGUACAAAACAUAUUUCUAUAUUGGCCAUUACCUUCACGCCGAAUAUUUGCUUCUACUAUUUUGUAAAAAUAUUAACACGAUCAACGUUUAGUAAGAAAAAAUCUAGAAACGUCAAAUUGUCAAAAAAUCUAGAAAUAUCAAUUGGGCUUAGGCCCGUUCGAAACUUGAUUAUUUAAAUACAAUUAAAUAUAUAUAUUGACCAUCGAUGAAGUGGUGCAAUAAUAUAAAACGGAGAUGGUUAUUUCUUGAUUCUAUUAACGUGGGAAUGUGAAUUGGAUUUGUUCUUUUAAAAUAUUUCAUGACUGUGAGGAUCCAUUCGGAGAUACAGUUGCAAAACAUUAGAUUUUAAGUGGCAGUAUUGUUAAUAGAGUGUACCCCUCUCCGAUCCUUUGCCAAAUAUGUAUUUGUUUCUGUAUACACAAAUUCAGACAUAAUUCAGCAACUCAGACAUAAUGAUUCUUCGUUAUUAUAAUGACUUGGUGUUUUAAACAUUAUAAUUUAUGGUGUUCUGUACUGAGAAUACGACGAUAUGUAUGUAUUACGUCGCACCCAAAAAUGUAUUUGAAAAUAAAUAAUAAUCCAUAAUUGUUAUGUGCAAUGAUUUCUAUAUUUUAAAAUACCGUUUUUUACCAUGUUUAAUUAAUAUUUGAUUGUAACAAACAGAUUUGCAUUGAAAUAUUUUAUCAAGUGAUUAAAAAAGUUCGGACC